ACAAUACUCGGUUCCUGGAUAAUAAAAUGUUGGGUAGCGAUAGCGUCUCCUCUAGGUUUUGAAAUUGAGCUUCUAUGGCAGCCUGCUGCUGACCUUUGUUAUUGCGUGUGUGUCGGGCUUGGGUUGAAUUAGUUCAAUUGGUAGUCAUCAUAUUCUUGGCCUGCUUAGGAGAGCACAUUACUUUCUCGUUCUGUCGGGUGCGAAUUGGUCUGCCGAUUUUAUGAGCUGGUUUAUCGCAGACGGGUUUGUUCAGGAUUUUAAGUCUGAAUUGAAGUCCUAGAUCAGUAGAUGCGCAGCUAGUUCAGUGUAUAGUUUGCCUGCUUCUUUUAAAGGCACUUUGCGGAAACUUUGAUUGCAGGAUUGCAAAGUUUCAUUCCGUCACAAAUUUGUGUUGCUUGAGCUCGUUUUUGUCGCCGGUAGCUAUCAGGGGUGGUGGAGAAGUGGCAUGAGAGGGAAACAAGGGAAACACUAGCAAUAGUUCUUUCACAAAGCUAGAAGGAUUUUAUUACCUUUAGUUCAGUUUAGGGGACAAAACAGCUUUCUUGAAAUGGAGGGAAGGGGGUUUUCGGGAUUUUACAGAAAUUCUAGUGAGGAGAUGUUCCUCAAAGCCCUGAUGGAGAGCUCAGUUGGAAUGCCCAUUCCGACAAUGGAGAUGUUGGGAUUCAAGAAUUUAUCUCAAAACUUUCGCACAGAUAGCGAGGAGCUCUUCAAAAGCUGGCUCACAAAUGCAGAGAAUCAUAGCUACAAUUCACCAGGUGCAUCACAUCGUACACGGCAGGCAUCGAGGAGGUUAUCCACAGAACUAGCAAAUGUAUCAAAUCAAGAACAAUGGGACAUUCUGCAAACGAGAAGAAGCAAUGACCUGCUUUCACAAACUUGCUCCAUUGCUGAAGAAAUUCCAGGGGACCUCAGCCAAACUUCAAGCAGGAAUGCCACUGAAAGAGGAUGGCAGGCUAGUAACCUGUCUCUUGCCAAGGCUUGGUUUAAUAGUUCACAACCAAUGACUAGAAGCCGGUCUUCUGAAUUACGAAGGAGGUAUGCUGCCAUGCAGAGCACUCAAGGCACAGCGCCAAUGGAAGUGACAAACAGUGGAUCUCGGCAUGAUGUCAAAAUGAAACAAGAGACCAACAACAAUAGUGGCUUCGGUGAUCUCUCAAUGAGCGAGAUUCCUGAACAGUUGGGAACAUUUGUUUCUCCAUCCAAUUCGUCCUCAUCCAGCAUGAAUGCACAACCAGUCAACAAUUUGGAUAGAGUUUCCUCUGUGGUCAGCAUGCUAAAGGGUACACUAGAACGCAAAAAGCUUGCUAAUCAAAUUGAGAGAGAAACUUUUGAGGAUUACUCUCAGGGGUCCUUUCAAGCUCAAGAUGUUCUUGCCAAUAUUAGCUUACAUCAAGGACAAGGAGAUCAUAUUCAUGAAAUGUCAUUAAUGUUCCAUGAAGCCUCUCAAGGACAGGCCCAAGAUCCAGUUGUUCUACCAAAUGUUGAAAGAUCUAUGGACCUCGACUUUGAACAAUUGAUAAAUACCAGAAAUCCAAUUAAUGUGAGAGCAGUUUCCCAAGAACGUUCACAGAGCGAGUCUUCUGCUGCUGCUCCUAUAGUUUCCUCUGGAUUUGAUGCAUGUGAUGGUCCCAGCAACUCAAGCCAAACUCCAAGCGCUUGUGAGAGCUCCAGGAAGAAUGUUGGAAACCUUAUAAGUUCAGAAAAUGGUUCAAGGGCCAAAGGUGCAGAGUUUAGAGAACGGAUCAUCGACAAUUUGAAAGAUGAUCAAAAGAGGGGAAAUCUGGUGCGUUAUGGAUCUGUCUCAUCUACUGGUUCAGGGGAUAAAGGGGAUCCAACGAAAAAGCGUAGAGUGGAACGAUCAAGAAAAAUGGCAGAGGCAAAGGAGAGGAACUCGACAUCAACAAUUCCACCAGAUAUCCAAUCUAUCUUGAAGCGGUGCGAAAAUCUUGAGAAGGAAGUGAGAUCCCUCAAACUUAAUUUGUCUUUCAUGAAUAGAAAGGAUUCUGAACAGACCAAGCUGAUAGAAGAGCUGCAAAAGCAGAAUGACGAUCUGACAGAAGAAAAAGAGCGGCUCCUAGAAGUUAUUGAGAGGAUCCAUUCGGAUUAAUAUGUGAAUAUUGCCUGUUACCUUUGUAAGGCAUGUCCGUGUCAUAUCAACUAUACCUCGAUCAGGCAAAAAGCAAGUGUCUGGCGGGAAACUCACAACAAGCCCCAUUACCAGUUGGGAUGCCCUAUGUUGACUGUUCAACAACUAAAACAAUGCAAUGCUAAUACUAUGUUAAUGCUCUCUUUAGUUGGCAGGAAUCUAACAGUGAAUUACUUGCCAUUUUUGUCAAUUGAAAGACCCUGAAUCUUGGGGAACCAAUUGCU